AUGGCGGACGUCCGCUCCCUCCUGCGCCAGCAACGCGCGAGCCGGCGCAUCGAACACCCGCACGCCGCCUACACCGACGCCGGGAAGCUGCUGUGCACCCUGUGCCGGGAACAGAUCAGGGCCGAGAGCCUGUGGGACAGCCACGUCCAGAGCGAGGCCCACGCGCGCAGGCUGCAAAGCCCGCCGGAGGCCAAUGGCCCGCUGCGCAGCGAUACCGGGGGGGUGAAGCAGAAGCGAAAACUCGACGACGCCGAUGGCGAGGUCCAGGACGCCAUCAGAAGGAAACGGAGCAGGGCGGACCUUGCACUCACGCCCACUAACGGAGCAAACAAGGGACCGGAGCGGACACUUAGCAGCGGUAGUGGCAGCGGUAUCGAGUUGCAGAUUCCUUCACGCCCUGCCACCCCGUCCCGGCGCGAUGUCUCGGCCUCAACCACACCGGGCAUAGCCCCCCCGGCUUUCCCUCAAGGCUCUGCAUCGAACGUGUUCCUGACUCCUCGGCCAGUCGGAAAUCCCGUUUCGGCGGCUGGUGCUGCACAGGCGAGCUCCGCGGCGCCCCAGGUGGACGAGUCGGAGUGGGCGGCCUUUGAGGCCGACAUGGCCGCCGAGAGCGUCUCUUAUGACGACGCCGUCAUAUCGGCCCCCGCCAUGACGGCCGAGGAAUCGGCGGCCGCCAAGGCGUCGGCCGAAAACAACAACGAGAGCCGCAGGGCCCAGGCCGACGUGGACAUUGAAGAGGAGCGCGAGGAGGCCACGCGCGCCAUCGAGGACGAGUUCCAGGACAUGCACGAGCUCGAGGCCCGAGUCCGGCGACUGAAGGACAAGCGAGAGGCGCUGCGUCGGCAGAACGAGAGCCGCGGCCAAGAAGCGGCGCCGGAGAAGCCGUCCGAUCCGGGGCGGGAGGUGAAUGGGGAAGAGGGCGAAGAGGAUGACGACUCGGACGAUAACGACGACUGGGAUGGCUUCAGAUUUCGAGCCUCUUAA